AUAUGAAUGAAGUGGAAAGCUUUCAUUCGAGUUCCCCAUAAAGAUGCCUUUAACUGUGAAAUGUUUAUCGUAUUACAUAUUUACGCAGCACACCGCCGCGUUGUGAUACGACUGUAAGGAAAUAUUUUAACUCAGUGAAAAGAGUUGACCUUAAUUACUCAAGUUUAAAAGGAAAUUAUAUCGCCAAAAGACGGUAAGCGCCCCUACAGUUCAAGUUUAAGUUUAGCUUUUAAUAUGUGGUCUUACCUUGACCUCUUAAUUUUACGAAUGAAAUAGCAAAUUUUUCGAUAGUUUGUUCGGGCCUUAUCUUCCUAACAGAAGAACUUAGUAAGUUUAAAUACUUGUACCCACAAAAACACUCACAGACACACCGAAUACAAUUUAGUUUACCCGGAAGAGAAGAUCAAUACUUGAACGCAACGAUGAUCGAGGUUUGUAUCCGUAAUCGUUGUUUAUCUUGCUAGAUAACCGCUUAAGUUGUCUUGUCAUGUUAUACAUAAAUAUGUUGUUAAUAAAAGGAUCUAAGCUGAUUUAAGCAAACCCUGCCGGCAUCGAUGCAUCGAUGUCCUUGUGAUGUUUCUCUCAAAAAGAAUAUCCAGCCACGGUUUAAUAUAACUGAAUGGGCCACUGUUAACACGAGUGCUUCAUAGAGUUAGAGAUUUUAAGGCGUUUGUAUGCAUUUAGUAUCCAAGAACGUCAGAAAGUCGAAUUGAGAAACAGUCUUGAGAGUAUUUAAGAGUUGAUUGACUGAUUUGUUUUAAAUCUGAAUUAAUUUUAAAAAUUUAUUGAAAAACUGCAUUAUUAUCAGAAUAUUAGUGUAGGUGGAAGCGAAAGUUAAUAUUGGGAGGGGGAAUCCCCGGUUCAAUGAACGCUUUUUAGGUCUGGUGGUGAUGCUGACGUAAUGCUUUUAGGCAUAACAAACUGAUUUUCCUAUUUAUAUUCACGACCAAGAGACGGACGAACUAUGGAGCCUGAGUGUUUAAUACCGUCCAAAUAACAUACAAAGUUCAACAUCAUAACUAAAGAAAGGUAUACAAAUAUUCCUGAAUAAAGUCACUCAGGCUAAACUAAUCACGUGCGUCACCUGAUACGAAAACCCAAAAAACCCAAUGGGAAAAAAUUGGGAACGCGUUCCCCAACCGAUGGGGUCGCACAACCUCUGGGGGUUGAAGGUAAAAAAAAUCAAUCGAUAGAGGAAUAAAGUAAGAUAUAAAAAUAAAAGUUGAUAGUUCGAGAGCUGAGAGCUGAGAUGAAUACAUUACAACUGUCAAAACCUUAUAUACCUAAUAACAAUAGAGUCAAUUAACGCCAUAGCGGCUCACGUGCGUUCAUACCAAUAGGAAAGUAUUUACAUUCUCUGUCACUGCCACUACGUUUAGCUCCGCCGAAUGUAAAUUCAUUAAUCUGGUCAUAACUUCACUGAAAAUUUAAUUUAUCACUUUCAGGUUAAUAGAGCGCCUGGCAAGAAAAAGAACUUAUUCUUACGCCCUUUUUUGCCCUGACCAUGGCAGGUGAGUGCAACUUAAUUGAUCACUUAGCUAUCUUCCUGUUGUUAGCGAAAACCAGCGGAAGACAAAUGUUCAAGAAAAAGGAGGAAGAAAAUCGAAGAAAGCUGGGAAUGUAAAAGUUGAGAGACAGGGUCCCGUGGGCACCUAACUGAAUAGGCCACUUUCGAUAUACUAAAAUUCAGGAUGAAUUUAUGUCCAAAGUGUUCUACCGUAUUUAUAGCUGUAAUUAAGCGGUAAGGAAAAUUACUAGCUUUAAGUGACCCGCCUUGUAACUAAGGGGCUGAUGGUUUGAGCACAAAUCAAGUGGCAUUUGAUAUAAUUCUAAUCAGAUUCAGCUGACUGAAUUUUUAAUUUUGUCUUCUGAAGAACACCAGAAACCUAUGAGUUCUACUAACAAAGACCAAGACAAUGAAAAUGAAAGUACCGAUACCACUGCUGCAGACCAUCACCAUAGCGACCCCUUGUUUCGAAGUGAAAGAGAAACCUGGCGCAAAGUGCACACAAAGGCUCAACACACAAGACCACCGAUAGGAGGGCCACAUCGUGGCAGGAGAAUAGCUAAUGCUACUCGAGGGGCGGCAAGCAGGUCGGUACCGCACCAAAAUCAGCAUGAUGAUGGUCGACAGCCAAUUCGUGGUAGAGGUACCAGGGGAAGAAGAGGGCGUGGUAUCAGCACGAACACACCAGGCCGUGGUCACGGAAGAGGAGGUAAGUUAAUUAUCGACAUCGUAGUUGUCAACUAAAGAAAAACGGCUUCUUUAAAUGAAUGACUGAAGAGAUGAAGCACUCUGAUUACUUCCUUACACUGUUAAACUGUUGUACUUUAGUGGGCAUACCGUAUUUAAUCGAUCACUGACAACAGUUAUUGUAUGUUAUUAUGCUGAGAUAGAAUCGUAAAUGUCUGGAUGGUGUAAAUUACCAAGUUGUACCGAGGUUUUUCGAGUAAACGCCGCAUUCUUCUUAUUAGGUGUGGCGUUUAUUCGAGGCCGCGUUUAUUGGUAAUUUUGUUUCCAUCUGCGUUUAUUGGCGUUUAUUCAAGGGCGGCGUUUAAUCGAAUAAAUACGGUAAUAAGGAACGGGUUGGAAGAAUUUGCUUUAGAAAAUGCUCUUUGGAAUAAGUUAUAGAUAAAAGUUAGGUAUAUUUUGGCUUAGAAUUUUGAUACAAAACAUGGCAUGGUGUGUAAAUUAAAAUGUAUACACCAUAAAAUUUCACGUAGAUUGGCUUGAAAAAAAGCCAAUUGGAAAAAAAUUGGAUAAGGUUGGCUUGAAAAAAAACCCUCUUCAAAUUAACUAUCGGGCUCUAACAGUACAAUUUGAAAAAUUUCAAACAUUUUCAGUUCUCUUGGCAAUGUUUUUGCCCCUCCGUGGCUUCAUAUACCGCCAACCUACCCGGCGACAAUCGUAAGUCGUAACAACUUCGGAAACAUGCCGGCAGUAAAUUCUAGGAUGCGACUUCUUUUUCUUAUAUCGGAAAUGUAUUUCAGGCGGAUUUGUCGCAGUCAGGUCGAUGUUAAUUUCAGAACCAGCGUGUUGACCAAAUACUAGAUCACGGUGUCUUGCUGUACUGAGCACAUGGUGUUCUUCUUUUCUGUUAACCGCAUCAAUCAACCGUAUUUCCCGUAUUUACGCUAGGCUUGUUUAACGUCUUAUAUAAACAUAUCCGGCAAUAUUUAUUUAUUUAUUUAUUUGCUUAUUUAUUUAUUUAUUUAAUCAUUUAAUCACGCAGGGCCUUACAGCCAGCCCGGAGCAGUGCAACGGCAACGUUACGAUCCAGUCUUCUUAGGUUUUACACAACCUGAUAUCAAGUACGAGUGGAACAAGUUGUAUGUCUUGGGACUGCGUCACAAAUCAUCACGAGACAGCUUAAAGAAUUUCAUGGAGCUGGUCAGCGGCGGCGCCUAUAAAGUAAGGCAUUUGGAGUGGUUUGGAAAUGGAAAAGCUAUUGUGACAUUGAACACUAAAAAACUCUCAGGACCAGGUAAUACUUAAAAGUAAGCAGUAAAUUGACAGUUUCAAUAAUUAAGCAUUGACCUCAAGUAUUUUGAAGGGAGUCAGAUCAUAACAUACAUUCAUUGGGAUUCCUUGUCCUAUUACAAUCAUAACACUAAUAACAAUACUAACACCUUGUAAUCUUAACAUUUACCUCAUGAAUAGAUUGAAAGAUUUAGGCACCUUUGUCUCCAAAAAGGAUUUUGAAUGUUGGCUUAUCUUAUUUGCUCAAGCCGGUACAGAAUUUUUUUAUAGAUUUUAGAAAAUAAGAACCUGUUUAAAUUUUUAGGCUAAAAGGGGGCAAAUUUUAGCCUAACAGGUUCUUACAAUCCAGGUUCUUAGUCGCCGGGUUUUAUUGUAUCAUCUUUAGCAAACUUGCGAGACACCGAUGAGGGCUCUCGAAAUUACUCCAAAGGGAUCGCCAUAAAUAUAGAUCUACAGUCUUUGUCUCAAACUGUAAAUGUGUCUUUUGAAAAAAAGGCCGUCUAAGUAAAAGCCAACCUCGGUUAAAAAGUGUACAUGUUGAUUUAGGCUUAACAAUAUUUAUUUUACUUAAGAUUUUUCAAAUAUGCUGACCGAAGCGAAAAGAAGACCACAAGAAGGCGUGAACUACGUCAUUGAAAGGGCGCCAGAAUGCAAGAGCAUUUUUGUCAAUGAGUUUUCCGAGGACACCACAGUGGAGCAAGUUGAAGCUUAUUUUGAUAAAGAAGUUGGUUCUUUAGAUCUGGCUCGCGGAGUGCAGGUAAACCAUCGACUUUGGGAGGAAGAUAAAAAGCACAAGAGAGCUAUUGUCUACUUCAAAGACAAAAGAAGUAAGUAACAUGUUCUAAGCUCCUUUUCAACUAAGUUUCGACCCCACGUAAUUUCAGGUUUCGUACACGGCCUAUUAAACAUCAGUGCCGCAUCCAGACCUUGAGGUCUCCAAAAUCCCCUGGAUCCGCCACUGAGGUAUGUAUGCCUCGAUUCCCGCCUCUUUCUCUUGGAUCCGGCCAUGUUCCCGAUUAGCGGCUGGUAAUCAAACCUACAUACUUGUCAAUACUGAUAUGUAUGAAAAAAUGCCUCAGCUCCGAAGCCUUCUCAAAGAUGGUGAAUCCUAAUGAAUUUGUGAAUCGAAAAUAGGAAACGUCGUUGUUUGGUCACGUCUCUGAAAAUUUGAAUCGGAAUGUUAAGUGAAUACUUCACUUCGUUCGCUCAGAUUUGGUGUACCCCAGGGGUCCGUGUUGGGUCCGCUGCUGUAUCUGUUGUACACGGCCCCACUAGGUGACCUAAUACGAUGGCAUGACAUGGACUUCCAUCUAUAUGCUGAUGAUACUCAACUAUACACCACCUUCAGUUGCGGUGAUAAGGAUGAUCUUACCACUACAAUUUCCCGUAUUGAAAGCUGUCUUGUCGAUAUCACCAACUGGAUGACCACUAACAAAUUGAAACUAAAUACUGACAAAACGGAACUUCUCAUUCUCUAUUCUAGGUUCAGACUGCCCCCACGGCUACCUUCUAUUAGAAUAGGAACUGAUAUCAUCAAGCCUACAAAUAAGGCGCGUAAUAUCGGCGUCAUUUUCGAUAACACCGUAACGAUGUCUUUUCAUAUUAACAACAUAGUUAAAGUGGCAUUCUACCACCUUAGAAAUAUAGCUAAGAUUCGUAAGUAUAUCAAUGCCACUACGGCUGAAGUUCUUGUGCACGCAUUCAUAAAUUCAAAGCUGGAUUUCUGCAAAGAAUAAUCUUUAAGAUUAAUCUUAUUUGUUUUAAGAUACUCAACAAUUUAGCUCCUGAUUAUUUGGUUGACCUAAUCCAUGUUUAUGAACCUGCGAGGUACAUUCGAUCAUCUUCAGACAAGUGGCGUCUUGUUAUCAAACCCUAUAACUUAAAGACAUACGGUUUCAGGGUUUUUUCAGUCAUUGCCUUAUACUCUGGAACGAUUUGCCUAUUGACAUUAGAUCGAUCGAUGAUGUAAAUAAGUUUAAAUCUAAAUUGAAGAGCUUUCUUUUUAAACGAGUUUACGAACUAUCUUAGGUUUUUUAUUUUGUAUUUUUUUGACUAUGUAUAUAUAUAUAUGUAAUGAUUUUAGGAUUUUUAUUUUUUAUUCAGACCUUUUUGAAGCAUUGUAAAGCGCUUAGCACUGAAAAUUAUAAGCGCCAAAUAGAUAUUUUAUUAUUAUUAUUAUUAUUAUUAUUAUUAUUAUUAUUGUUAUUAUUAUACUUUGUAUCGGAUUACCGUGCAAUCCUAAGUGUUAACAAUUCUUUCAAGGAAGCCGGGUACUUUCCGACUGCGAUUAAGCAAGUUUGCAGUAAACCCUUAAGGCACAUUCCUAUCUGUUAGCAACCUCUUUCCCUGGGCUUAGAUGUGGCAUGUAAUAGUUUACGUUGGUAUGAUUUUUAUGUUGGAUGAAAAACUUCUUCGCCAUCAACCUUAACACAGAAUUAUUAUGAUGAUUUUACUUUCGAUGUAAUACGCACCCCUAAUACUGAGAUUGGAGUAAGAUUUUACGAGACAGCCGAACGUUAUUGUUUAAUCAAACGAACGGAGCUUGAGCCACGUUUGUGGCGUCAGUGUAUUGUAUUGCAUCCCUGCAGGAGCCAGAAGGGACCUUAAGAUCCCGCGACGACGGCAAUAGCAACGGCAACGAGGACGCCUCUUUGUGCGUGCAGCGCACUUUUUUGCACAUAUAUUAGCCGUACCUGCACGACGACGACAUUAAAAUUCAUUUGAUGUUCUAAGCAGGGCGUAGACAAGCGAAGAGGAAAUUUUCUUUCUUCUUGUGAACUUGGAUAUAGUUUUUAGGAAUUCAACUCCAAGAGAGUUCGGCUACAUAACAUUUUCACAAAGGCUGUAAGUACGAGUGAAUUGGAAUAAUCAUGAUAAAGAUUGAAAGAACGUGAAUCCUCUCUUUAAUUCGCUUUUUCGUCGGCGUCGGCGUCGCCGUCCUCGGAUCUUAGAGGAUGGCUAAAACGCUUGGGUAUGUGGGUCGUGGGUCGUGGGUCGUGGGUCGUGGGUCGUGGGUCGUGGGUCGUGGGUCGUACGUCGUGGAAUGUGGGUCGUGGUUGGUGAGUCGCACACUUGUCAAUGGCCUCCGUCUUACGUGUUAAGUCCACAGUCACAUAAUUUUUUAAUAAAGCGAGACCGGUCCAUCUCGUUUUAGUGAAACCAACCUGAUUAUCAAAGCGGUAUGGUUAAAGCCUUUUUUCAGGAUAUUUUUGAUUAAAUUCUCAUCACUGCUAGGUAUACCCUUCAGAAACAGGCUGAUGCAGCAGGAUGGUCCUGAUCAAUACCGGAAUCCUCUUAACGAAUGGACUGGUCUGUCCGGGCAGUUCUAACUAAGGUCAAGUGCUCUGAGAUAGCUUUUGAUUCAAGACGUUCAGUCCUGCUACUAAUAUUAACACACUUUCAUUAUUUGUUAGUUGGCGCGGCCUACCUUUUUUAUCACAACUUUUAGUACCCGAGAAAAUUUGCUAGCAAAGGUAGUGAAAAUGCGUGAAAAUUGUUAAAAUUGAAGGCGACAAACUGGGUACGCGUGUUGGAUGUAAAGUUGUCCAAAAAAAAAAAAGAAAAAAAAAAGCAUUUGUUCAUGACUUCAAUUUCAUAACGAGAUUAUUUCAUAUCAUCUUAGACUGGAAAGAAAAUUGAGGGCACGAAGGUUUUCACACCCUGUGAUUUGCCCAUGAAGUGUUAUGUUCCCUAUGAACAAAUGUGAUCAGUUAAAGUUAAAACUUCUUUACACGGACGACCACUAGAUCUGUUAUUUAGGCUUUUAAAUAUUGUCACUCAAAGGAAGUUUGCUGUUUAUAAAAUAGUGCUAGAAUUGGCGUGUUUAAAUGGUGAUGAUUGGUCAUAAUUUGUUUUAUGGAAUAGUCUUCCCUAAACUAAAUACCUAAUUUGAUUUAAAAACCAUACAGGAAGGUUUUUGUCCAACGACAUAGAAUGUGAAACAAAAGCCGGGAUUAAGGAGUGUUUUUUCUUUUUUAAAACUAGAAGUGGUUUCCUUGGACGCAUGUGCAUUUAAUUAAGCACGCAGAGUGUGCGAGGAACAUGCAGGAAAAUGGAAGAGGACCGGGGAGGAUAGACGUUAGUAGGCCCAGCUCCCGGUCUCUCACAUCGCUCACUUUGCCACCGAAAACAUAAAAAAAAUUUCUAGCUCUCGCUUUGCGCUGGAGAAAAAUUUUGAGCUCUACUUAUGGGCAAGUCUACGAGGAGGAAAUAUUUCGUUGAUAAGUUUGCAUUACUGAAUUUUAUCGGAGAAACUUCACAUGAAUGUUAGGGGUCGUGUAAAGACAGUAAUGGGAGACGGUGCCUUUAAAGUCAAAGAGCAAGAGUCUUUUCGAAGAGCCACUAUCCACAAAGCAUGACGGCUAUUAUUAGGCACGAUGCACGACCCACGACACACGACCCACGACCCACACCCACCCACGCCAAUUAGUCAAUCUCAGGUUCUUAAGGUCCCUAUUGACAUCAGUCUUCCAAGGCAGAGAGAUCAAGAUAGGUCAAAGCACCCCGUAAUUUUUUCUCAUUACUACUUUUGUGUGUUUUUCUCUGUGAAUCACAGGUGUAAAGAAAGCAACGACGAUGGAUCACUUUUUAAAUGAAAAAGCCCUUCACGUGGAGGCUUUUUACCCUUACAUGGGAAUAACUGGUGAAGAUAAGCAACCAAAGGGAUCAUUGCGACCUCUUUCAGGUGAACCCGAAGGAUCCAGACAACCAGAAUUCUACAAGUCAGUUAAUCAGGACUUAAUGGAAUUUAUAAUGAAGUCAAACCAAGAGGUGAAAUUGAGGGAAGAGCUAGACAUGAAAGAACGUGCUCGAAUCAGGUGGAACGAAGAUGGAUAUGUGCUGAUUAAAUAUGGUGGACAUAAAGUGGACCAGGAGUUCGAUGAACAGGUUUGGAAACGCCACUGUUCUGAUAUCGUCGACGCAUUUCUCGAUAACUGUUGUGCUAAAGACUUUCCACUGGAAGAGGAAAUUUUGGACGAAGUUGCCGAUCAGCUGCCGCAAGUCGAAAGGGCACUUCCGAAACUCACAGCGCAAGUAAAAUUACAAAAGGAAUCUUGCCAGCUAAUACUGAUAUGUCAAAAAUCAAAUAUGCCCGAUUUUGAAGAAAGGCUAAAGGUUCGCCUCAAAGACAUCAAACGAGAGGUCCUUGAGAGAAAGUUGGAGCAGAAGAGGAAAACAGACAUACCUUGCGAAAAGCUGCAACUUCUUCAAAAUGCCAGAAUUGAAGAUAUACUGAAGAAAGAAAUUAACACCGAAGUUCAAGCGAAACUCGACUUAGGCAGCAAAAGCCUUGUCGUUAAAACACCUAAAGAUCUGAUGGCGUCGGUCAUGUCAUACCUGAAGCAGCGUCUGGACGAAAUCGACCACAAUUCUAUGCCUUAUCCUCCAGAGAUUUUAGACAUCUUAAAAACCAAAGUCGGGAAACGAAAGAUGGCGGCUGAACUGCCAGAGGGGUGCUCCUUCAACGUCGACGAGAAAACCAAAAAGGUCAUCCUUCUCGGGCAAACACCGGAGGAAACUAUACAAGGCAGGACGAAGGCGAUGGAAGUGCUAAUCAGCGACCGAAGUCUCGGUGUUAACGACAAAGAUAACCAUCUCAUAGGAUCCGAAAAGUGGAAAGAUCUUCGUAAGAAACUGGAAAAGCGUCUUAAGAUCCGCACAAAACGAGAACUAUCUUGCAUUGCCGUCUUUGGGUUCAGGCAAGAUGUCUCAGAAGCUGUCAUCAAAAUGAGGGACUUUCUUAACGAGAAGAAAGCAACAGAGGGAGAGUUCAGACUAGGUUCGUCUAUACAUCGAAGGUUCUUCAAUGAGUUCUACAAAGAUGAACUACCCAAAAUCAAAGAAGAGCUUGCAAUUGCCUUUCACGCAGUCGAGAUUUCUUUAGAUGAAAACGGCGAUCGAAUAGUCUUUUCUGGAACUGAGGAUGGCGUAAAGGAGGUAGAGGAGAGGUUGUACCUUUUGCAAGAGCAAAUUAAAGAGAAAAUGUUUAAUAUUUCCACACCAGGCAUGCGAAGCUUCUUAGCUCAAGAAGAUGGAAAACGGUUGAUCGCAGCUGUAGAACAAGAGCACAGGUGUAUUAUCGAAAUUACGAAACAAAACGGAGACCAACGUGAAGACGAUGAAAGUGACGACGAUGAGCCAUUGAGCAUCGGUAGUGACGGUGAAGACGAGCUUGAUGAAAAUAAAGAAACCAUAGUCACCUCAGCGGGAAAAAAGGUUAUCUGGAAGACAGGAAACAUUGAAGAAGAAAAGGUUUGCCUUACUAUUCUUUUUGCACUUAUUCACCCUGAAAAGGAACACCAAAAACCAAACCAAAACAAACAAGUGAACGAGUUCACAAUACAACGCUUUUGUGAAAACUUCAUUUCAUUUACUGAACUGUAGUAAUUCCCACUCUAACUUCCGGUUUGAUCUGGAAAGUGUCUCCAAAGGUUUAUCAGGUUUUUGAACUGUAAAGUUUUACCCGCUCUAAAUAAGUAAGUUUGAGAGAACACAAGAUACCGGCCAUCGGACCAGUAUAUCGAUCUGACGAAGCUGUUAUUCAUUGCAGGCAGAUAUUUUAGUGUGUUCUGUGGGUUCAAACUUUAAACUUUCCAUUGGUGCGGUUGCAACUGCGAUGAGCAAAGCCGCUGGACCAGCACUGCAACAAGCCUUGAGAGAAAAAGAGGAUGAGACAGCUGACCUCGGUGAAGGCGACAUUAUUCACACCGUUGCUGGAGACCUACCCUGCCGCUGGGUAAUUCACUGUGUGUGUUGUCCAUGGAAAGAAACUGCUGAGCAAAAACAGGUUGGCAUGAAUGAACAAAGUCGCAUUUUGUUAAACAUAGGGAUUGAAUAAACCCUGUUUUUAGUUUAUAUUAAUCUCAUAAGCGAGGUCAGGAUAAUAUUCUCAUUGAGGUUCGUCAUUGAAAACAAGUGACAUCGCAGGUCCAGAAUUAACUGACACUUGCUAAUUCGAAUGAUAAACCUGUGAAACUACUCUGUCUUGACGUUUAUGGGAUUCCUCCGCAAAAUCCACGAAGCCAGGGCACUGGGAUUUGUCGAUAAUGCUCAGCCCUAGCUGAUUUGACGAUUUCUGUGGAAAAGGGGUGGUUCAUUGAGUCCGGCCCUUCUAUGCUACUUAAGAUAUAUUUGUUUUGAUAGAAACGAGUUAAUUUCGCUUAAAUAAUUAUGUGCAGUCAUUUUAAUGAACCGAAGACUAUCUGUUUGGACUACCUUCGUAUUUCAACCAAUGGCCGAAGGUAUCAAGGAGUCCUCACAGUGAAUGUCGGCCAUAAGAUUGGAAAUAUUUCAAAUAAAUAAUUAAAUAAACAAGCAUGUGCUAUCGAAACCAAAAAUAACCCACCUGUUUACAGGGUUCUUGCUUGGUCCAAACUCAUGUUACUUCUUUGGUCCAACAGAUUCUCAGAGAUUUGUUGCGGAAGUGUUUUGACAAAGCUUCUUUGCUGGGGGCGAGCACUAUUGGUCUACCACUGAUAGGAACGGGUAACCUUGGUUUCCCGUAUGACGUCGCUGUCCAAAUUAUGAUAGAAGCUGCUCUUGAUUACAGUCAAGCAAACCCAGACUCACCUCUAGAAGAGUUCAGAUUCAUUGUGUACAGCGGUGACCAGCUUGGCAUUACAGAGUUUGAAGAAAAGUUUGGAAAGUUUAAGAAAGAAAACUAUUCAAAGCCAAAGGCCUCUAGGCGUCCAGCUGACCUGCGAAAAAGACGCCAGAUGACCCCUGUAUCUGAAUUUAGUUGUAAAGAGGUCUACCUCGAAGGGCUUACGGUGAAGCUUGUAAAAGGAGACAUCACACAGGAAUUUUCCGACGCAAUCUGCAAUAUAGUAACCCAAGACCUUGACAUGGAAAGUGGCAACUUAAGCAAAGUCAUUGCUGAGGUCUGCGGCGAAGCGGUGCAAAGAGAGCUACGUUCAAAAGCACCGCAGCGUCCAGGAGAAGUUUUGAUGACCUCAGCUGGAUUGUUAUCAACCAAGAAUAUUAUACAUAUGGUUGUAGUAUCUGGAAACAAGAAGCAUCUUCAGACAUGUGUAGAGAAAGCCCUUAAGGUGGCUGAUUCCGAAGGGUUGGAUUCGGUGUCCAUUCCAGCGGUUGGUAGUGGAGGAUUGGGAUUAUCCCCUGAGGACUCGGCAGAAGUAGUUUUUAAAGCAAUCGCUGCGUUUGCUGACAAACCUUCCCAAUCCGUUUAUGACGUGAGAGUUGUGGUCUUUGACGACUCCAAAAUUGGUGCAUUUGUGAACGAGAUGGAAGACUUCCAAAGGGAGAACGCUCCUGUCAGUUGCUCUGAAGCCAACGAAGAGGUAGCAGAUGCAGCUUACAAUGACGAAACUCUGGAGGCUCCAGUCGAUGAUCUCCCUACAUAUUGGCGACGCCAAAAGGUAAUCGUUCAUGGGAGCACAGAGUCCUUUGACGCAGUAAUAGAAGCCCUAAAGGAUGGACUCGUAAAGGCAUGCAAGGAUCCGCGCGUUAUAAAACAUGAUGUCGUCAACCGUUUGUCCAAACGGUGUAUACGUGACCUAAAAAGAAUGGCACGUGCACGAGAUGUGAAAUUAGACCAACCAGAAGCCGAUACCAUCCGACUGGAAGGGCUUCCUAAAGAUGUGAUGGACAUAAACUUAGGAGUGUCCGAUGCCAUCGAAGAGCAGAGGGAGAGAGAGCACAGGGAAGAGCGAGCAGAACAAACGUCCAAAACUGUUCAAUGGUACAUGGUCGACGUCUCAGGAAAACUGGAGCCUUUCGAAAAAAUGGCCAACAAUGAAAUAGAUUCAGCAUAUAAAAGCAAGAAACCAUCGCUGCUUUUUACGCAUGAGGAUUUAAAGGCCGAGAUCAACUUUGGGACCAUGGAAGUUACAUUUUUGAGAAAUGGGAGGAUCAAGCAAGUCAAACGAAUAGAUGGUAAGAAAAUGCUAUAUUUAAGUUUGGUCUGUUUAGCAUCUGUCAAAAUAGAAAAAGUCAAGUAAACGUAGAAAAAGUAACACAUGGUAGAUCAACUACAAUGCUUUCAAACGGACCAUAAGACAACAAAAAAGGCAAUUAACCCCUGGCAAAAUACCACUGACCUACAACCAAAUUUUGUUUGUUCUGUUCAGACGUCUUGGAUGCCAGACCCCAGGCCCAAGACUAUAGUCGACAGUCCUUAGACUGAAUUCAGAUCCAGGGCCCAGUUGUUCGAAAGCCGGAUAGCGCUAACCCAGGUUUCUUUGCUUUUGUUGUUCAAAAGCAUUUUUCAGGAUAAUUUUCUCUGUUCUUUGUAGAGCAUCAAAUCAUCAAAUUGUGGACAAAAAGAGUAAAACUGAAUUUGCUUUUUAAGCUUUCAUAUCUGAAUUGAAAUUUUGCACUAGCCCUGGGUUAUCUUAACCCUGCUUUGAACAACCCAGCCCUGGGCCCAGUUGUUCCAACGCCGGUUAGCGCUAGCCCAGGGUUAAAUUUUAACCAGGGCUUCUUUUUCUUUUCAUCAAAAGCACGCUCUAGGAUAAUGUUCUAUAUUCUUUUUAGAGUAUCCAAUCAUCAAAUUGUAGGCUAAGAGAAUUAAACUGAAUUUGCUUUUUAAGCUCUCAUUUCUGAGUUCAAAUUUCGCACUAACCCUGGGUUAUCUUAACCCACCUUCGAACAGCCCUGUCCUGUAUUCUAAAUUCUAACUUUUGCAUGGACUUUUCGUCUGUAGCCAAAUAAAACAACGACAGCAAUCAAAGCAUCAGACUGAUAAAAUUUAAGACUUGGGGAUGACGGUACCGCUUUGGUUAAACUCGUGGCCUUUUUGGAAUGGUCGAAAUCUGCUGGAUGUAUAUAUCAAACGAUUUCACAUUGCCUGUCCCCCCCCCCCCCCCCUUUUCAAACAUUGUGAACACUUAAGAUGAGGUAUAAAAAAACAAAUUUGAUGUUAAUUGUAGAUUUGAAAGUAAAUGAGGAAUGACCAUCGUGGGCACGAGCAAAAUUUAGAAAAUUUGCAAAAAGGUCUAAAAAGAAUUUAAGGUUCUGACGGGACGUCAACAUAUCAGGUACCUUCUCGUUGCCUGUUUGAAACAUUACCAUUUGAACUCUGAGUUUGUAUCAAGCCACUGACGUCGGUCAGAUCGAACAAUUUAUUGGGCUUUUCACUAAAUUCCAUGGCAGGAAUGAACAUAGAUUAAGUAUAUGAAACUGAAAAAAUCCUACUGUUAACUAUGGAGGUAAACAUCAACAAAGUGCAUGAUCUUCGCUGUUAUAUAGUCUACUAACUUUUUGUAAAUUGAUUCUCUCCCGCUAAUGAUUUUACCGUGGGCUCCCUGAGAGAAAAUAUUUAACUCACAAGUAGACAUUUGUUUUUGAUUAGUCUAUCCUCUCCCUGAUGAAUGGGACCCCCAGCCUCGAGACGAGCGAGGCAAAGAAGAGAGUCUUCAUUUGGUCAGCCUUGCACAGGACUCCCAAGAGUUCAAAACGGUCGAAGGGAAGUUUCUUCAGUCGCUGCGUGGGAAAGUUUCCAUAACCAACAUAGAAAGAGUUCAAAACCCGUCGCUAUUUAAGGCAUACGCUGUGAGAAAACAAACGAUGGAUUUGAAAAACGGCCCCCAUGAAAACCAGCUAGAGCUUUUCCAUGGAACAAAGUACGAAUCUUUUAAGCCCAUAAACGUCCAGGGAUUUAACAGGAGUCUCUGUGGUAAAAAUGGUGAGUCAGGCAUUAAGUGUCCUUUUAUAACAUGCAACAGAAAAUGAUAAAAGAGUAACUAACCUUUCCUAAGGCUAAGAAAACAAGCAUGUAGGCACAAACACAGUGAAAUAAUUAGCGGUAGAGUUUUACUGAUCGGUGAGUCAUACAUGACGUGAGUCAUUCAUAAACUCCCAAUGGGAGUUAUUAUAUUCUUUUUGUUAAAAAUAAUGAUGGGCCGGCAUUUAGAGCCGUCUUCUCUUGAGAAAGCGCUUAUGUUGUCAUUACGGAUCAAUUUAGGUUUCUGGGAAACUGCCCACCUACCCCUCCAGUAAGCCAUCAUUUUGCCCCAAGUGAGAAGUAAGUGUUAAUAUUUGCUUAGUGGAGGGUCGGUGGGCAGUCUCCCAGAAGCCUGAAUUGUACGAUCCGUCAUUACAGCCUAGUUCCUCAGUGCCAGUGUAAUGGGUACAAAGUGCCUAUUUACUAAUUCCUGUGAAGGCUGAAGAAAUCAUCCAAAUAGAAAGAGAAGAGAUUGUUUGAGAAAAGGUUUUAUAGAAUUUUAUAAUUCAAGUACUUGUAGCUCAUUACUAUGCAAAAACUCACUUACAAGCCAAGUGAUGACGCUCUGAUAUGUAUGUUUGCAGCGACCGCUUACGGCGAUGGUGUUUACUUUGCAAAAGAUGCCAGUUACUCGGAGACAUAUUCACAACCAGGCCCUCACGGUGAACGCUGCAUGUAUCUGGCGAGAGUGCUUGUUGGGAAGUAUAUCGCUGGAAAGCAAGGAAUGAAGAGCCCACCCCCGAUGGAUCCCACCAAACCAGAAAUCCUUUACGACUCGGUUGUCAACAGAAAAGACGAUCCGACUAUUUUUGUGAUUUUUAAUGAUUUCCAUUGCUAUCCCGAGUACAUAAUAACAUUCAAGAGACUGUAAAGAGUAGUUAAAUUAGCUCAUCUGAGUGGUUGGUUAUUGAGGUUAUUUUAACGAGUAUUAGCACUACCUAUACAUAAUUAGAGCUUCAAAUAUUCAUUGUUGGGCUGCCUGGGGCAACCCAAUCAUAAUUUAGGCUUCGUCUUCAGGGUCGCAAAAAGACAAAAUGGCGGACGGAUCACGUUUCCCGUCCCCCCUAUGAUGGGGCACCUUUUUUGACUAUUGAGGAGAGGAUAGGGUCAUUUUAUUCAAAAUAUUUUCUGUUUCUGAUUGGCUCAAAUUCUCCGGCUAAUAACCUGCUAGCGUUGACCAAAUCUGGUACACGUUUACGUAUAUCCUCGGUAAAAGAACAUCAAUAGGGAGCUUAAGCAAAGGCGUUUUGGGGGGACGCACGUCAACUGGAAUUGAGACCUUUUCUUUUAUGACUGGUACUCUUAGCCACAAGUUGCUCGGCAACGUUUUUGCAACUUUUGAUUUUUUUUAGCAUUUUAAAAUUAUUUUUUACUUUUUUCGCGACAUUUAUUAGCUUUCGAAAGAAACGUCAGCUAAAUUCAACUGGUUUAUACUACUGUGUGAGUGUGUGGACUCCAGGACUGGCCCAAUCAUCAAUGCCAGCUUGCACGCCUUUCCGUGAGUUCAGUGGUAUCACAUGACACGUUUUUCAAAACGGCGGACUGUCAUCAGGCCCGAUUAAUCCUAUUGAGGAAGCUAAAAGGCUGGGGGCAAAUUUCGCUACCCCGAGCUAGAGAUAGAAAUAGCUAGAGAAAGAAAAAUCCAGACGAAUCCGGUCGGUAAAAACCGCAAUAAAACCAACUUCAAGUGCAAACAAGUAAAAUAAAAUAGCAACUAUUCGGCAACUUUUUCGGAAUUCAGCAACUUUUCGGCAACUUUAAAAAUAGAAUAGCAACUUUUAGACACUUUUAUUGGCAACUUUUUGGGAAUUUAUCGGCAACUUAUGGCUAAGCCUAAUGACUGGACGCUACCAAAUAUGUAUCGCUAAGUGCCUUUAUUCUUAUAGAGACGAUUUGGCCGAGAAUUUGGGCUAAACCACUGCCUAUGACUAAAUUAAAAAGGUCCACUUCCGGUUGACGUGCUUCCCUCAAAAUCGUGUUUUCUUUAGCUCCCUAAUAGUUCAGCCUAUCUCCAAAAGAGGCACGGCAAACUUAAAGCCUUGUGGGAAGAGGUUGAGUUAGCUCAGUUGUUUUCAUAGGGCUGGGUUUUGUCUGCAAGAAAUAGCCGAACUUCUGCCCAAAAAUAAAAACAUGUAAUGGAAAAGCGAAAUUACUACCCAACGGAUGACAAAUGAUAUUUGAAGAAUAUCUUUGGAAAUUACAGAAAGAAGGAAGGCUGACAUCUGGGAAUAUAAUUUUUUGCCAAUAUUUUGAAAGGUGCGCCUUUCUUCUUCAGCGUCUUUGCUUUCUGUUGUUCUAUAUUUUACAGAUGAUAAGAUCCUCUGUUAGGAUCCGGUUCUUAAUUUUUUGUAACGUUGUUCCUUGCUUCCAAAACUAAAGUCUUAGACUUAACAUCCCAUUAUCAUCUGAAUCUGCCGAGGAACAGACAAAUGAAGACCAGAACUUUACAUCGAUCGAGGUAAGCUUAAUGAUUCGAAGUAUGUCAGAAUUAUUCUUUUGAAUUAUCAAUAACUAAAAAUUAUUGGAUUAUGCAGAUCUUAGAGGGUGUUAUCGGUCCAGGAAGAUUAAACAAACGCCCUCGAGGAUCUGGAUAAUUCUUCAGAUCAUACGAAUGCCGAAUCCCGAAUUUAAUAAUUACUGACUUAUUCCCUCAUUCCACGUCAGUGAGCAAGAAAAGAGGCCGAGUCUCUAAUGGACAUUCUUAUCAUCGUCACCUAAGCCUCGCGUUGGUUCUAUUGUUGACAGGAAUUUCUGGGAAGGUGUAAUGUAUUAGGGUACCAAAAUCGAUAACACUCUAAUCUAAGUAGAUUUCAGUGAAAUGUUUAGCCGCAUUCAGAAAUGAGAAUAAUUAUAGCAGGAUUAGCUACAGAUCUAGAUAUCCCCAUUAAGUUAGUACUUGUAUGAUCAUGCUCUAUACCACUUUCGAUCCUGCUGGCCAAAAAAAAUCAAAUGUUGACUACAGGGAAUCUCCACUCAUAUUUAACACACGCUAAAUGUUUUGCAAAUAAAUAAAAAUAUUGCUUUUUUACGCUCAGAUUUUCCUGCGCACCGCCAUUUAAGAAUUUUUUGACGUUGUGUGGUCUUAACGUUAUGUGUUGAAAUUUCUUUUGAAAGUCAAUGGCUCGAUCCAAAUCAGACUUCCUUCAAUCAUAAUCUUAUGGUGGUGCGCACAAUAGAAAAAAAAACUAUAUAUAUGUACAUUCACUUCAUGGUAAUCAGCUCCCGAUUUCAUCUCCUUCUUUACUGAUAGGGUUUGCUAAGUGGGCAGGUCCGUAUCAGGAAAUGUUGACUGUGAACGAUGCAAAGAGACUAAGGGUGCGUUCGAUUGGGAAAUCCGGAUUUAGAUUUUCAAAAUCUAAAUCCAGAUUUCCCAAUCGAACGCGAAAUCCGAAAACGUUUUUCACCCCUGAGAAAUCCGUCCUUAGGGUGGAUUUCAAUUAAGAAAUCCAAAUCCAGAUUUUUUGGAUUUUCCUUUUUGUAGUUCGAUCGGGAAAUCCAAAAAAGGAUUUGAAACUGACUGUUCUUAAGAACAGCGGUCUUGCACGCGCACGCAUAAUUAGCGAAAAAAGCAGGGAUUUCCCAAUAGAAUGCACCCUAAUAACACGUUAAUGGUUUAAAACCGCGGAUAUGCUAUUAUGAUUUUCUUGCUUUGAAACAUCCUUUCGACAUUAAUCUAAAGAGGCUUUAAGCAAUUUAAUAGUGCAAAGAGCAUAUGUAUACUGAAGUAGUUAACACUACUCUGUCAUAUUGUAUAUUAAAAAUAGUAAUAGUAGAGAUUUAAACAAUUGUACGUAGAAAUUACCUAGAUACAUGAUUUGCAUGAUUGUAUAUCUAGCCGGAUUUUUGAUAACGUUGUCGCCAAAUGGACCUUUUGCAUCGAACAGUUGUUUUCAGCCAAAGUAGCUAUUAUAAAAACUAAGAGUGCAACCAUUGC